UUUGGGAGCUGCCGUCUGGUGUUUUACGAAAUCAACUUCGUCGUCACAUGCUACAAUGUGUUGGUAUAACUAAUUCAUUUGGAUAUCAUCUAUGAUUUGGGGAUAUGUUUGGACUUUCACAUUAUCUUCAUCCCACGAACUGGACAGGCCUUUUCCCUGUUGUUGUCAUUAUUGUCGCAACUUCGUGGAUCAUAUCAGCUGGCCAGCACGUCCCUGAGCAGCCACAUCCGUUAACAAAAUCCAGAAAACAAACUACUGCUUUAACAGUGCCAGUUGCAGAAACAUGUGAAGAUACAUAUGAAUCAUGCCAUAUAGAAGAAAAAGACUUGUUAGGAUGGGCAGCCAUCAAAGCCUUGCAUAGACAAUUGGAUGAUGAUGCCAAUGGCAGUGUAGAUCUAUCAGAAAGUGAUGAGUUUUUACGAGAUGAAUUACAAUAUGAAGAUGAUUUUGAUAGACAGACCACAUUUCAUGGUGAUGAUAAUUUUAUCAGUGUUGAUGAUCUAUGGCUGGCAUGGAAAAAUUCAGAAGUGUAUAACUGGACUGUUGAAGAUACUAUAGUAUGGCUUGUUAAUUCAGUAGACUUGCCACAAUAUACAGACACAUUCCAGAAUAAUGCAGUGGAUGGACCAAUGUUACCAAGGAUAGCGGUGAAUAAUGGGCAUUUUCUUUCCACUAUUCUUGGUAUAAAAGAUUCUGUAAACAAACAUAAAAUAAUCUUAAAAGCCAUGGAUGUGGUGUUAUUUGGUGCUCCUAAACUCAAACAUAAUUAUGUAAAAGACACGAUACUGGUGUUAUCGUUAUUGAUUGCUGUUGGUGGGUGCUGGUUUGCCUAUGUACAGCAUAAAUUUUCACAACGUCACAUGAAACAAAUGAUGAAAGAUAUGGAAUCUUUACAAACAGCUGAGCAAUCACUUUGUGAACUUCAAGAAAAAUUGCAGCUUGCCCACCAGCAAAAGAAAACUGUGAUUGAAGAGAAACACAGCCUUGAAGCCAAAAUGAAAGAUGAAAUUCUUGCUGUGAAAGCUGAAGCUGAAAAACUGUCAGAAGCUAAAGAUGAUACAGAUGGUGAAUUAAGUAGACUAAGACUAGCUGAACAAGAGUUACAACAGGUGCGUUGUGCGCUAAGGAAAGCAGAAAUGGAGUUAGAAAGUAGAAGUCAGUGGCUGGCACCACCAAUAUUACAACAGUGGUUACAGUUAACACAUGAAGUAGAAUUACAAUAUUACAAUGAAAAGAAGACAUCAGCUGAGAGACAAUUAGCUGCAGCCAAAGAAGGGUGUGAAAAAUUGCGCAAGAAACGCAAUGCAUUCAUGGGCUCAUUUCGUAUUGCUCAUGGCAGUUCAUUAGAUGAAGUGGAUCAUAGAAUACUAAGUGCAAAGAAUGCCUUGUCAGAAGUGACAGCUAAUUUACAAGAGAAAUUAUACAGAUGGAGUCAAAUAGAAAGUUUGAUGGGUGUACCUAUUGUUAGUAAUGCAGGGCUUGCUGUACUCAGCCAAGCCUUGCAUUCUGAUAGUUCCACAACACCAGGAGCACAGUCACCAAUUAGUACAUCAAGUAACAAGAAAACAAGAACAGUGAAAUCAUCUAUGGUUAGAAAGUCCAAUUCAGAAAGCAAUCUCCAUAACUUUGGUUCCCAGAGUACAGCAAGUAUGACUCCCAUGGAUAUGAAUCCUAAUAUGGGUGUUGAUGAUUAUGAUGAAGAUGUACCACCUACCUACUCGAUGGUUACAGGUAUAGGGACGGCACCAAUGCCAAGAACAUCACCAUUACGUACCGUACAGAGCGCUUCAUGUUUGCCCAGUAUGGCCGUUACUAGUACAACUGUUACAUACCCACGACGGCAAAUGAGUGACCCAGUUAAGACAAAUAUCAGGAAUGCCAGCUGGUUCAAGAAACAUGGUCCAGCUUUGGAUGACUUCAAUGAAGCUGAUGAUAGCUCAGAUAGUUUGGAAAAUGAGGAAAAGAAGAAAAAGAAAAAGAAAAUAAGUCUGUUAAAAAGUAGUAUCAAAACGAAAUCUCUUUAA